AUGUGUUUAGGAGCGAUCAUUUGUGGUGUUAUUGGAGCGCUGAGCAUUUCCGCUCGAUGCAUUGCCGGUGGUAUUAUUUUAAUCUUUCUUGGUUUUGGUAUGAUCAUGUUUGAAGUUCCAAUAUGUUGCCAAUUUGUUGAAUUUACUCAACCGGUCGCACGAUUUUCAGAAAAGCGUCCUCCAUGGCAAAAGGCUCUGCUUUACUCUAUACCACCGUUAUUACCCUUGAUACUUUGCCAAUCGUUCACUAUUGUCUUUGGUUUUAUCUGUUUACUUGUCAAUGGCGCCGUGCAAUUUAUGUUAGCAGUGGGGAAAAAAGCAUCACGUGAAGAAAUGUUAGCUAGAGCUACCGGAAGUCGAGGCCCGCCUGUGCCAGAAGGUCCUUCUGUGGUUCCAGCGUCGAACGAAAAACCGUUCGGUUACGCGGGUUUGGUAUUCAACGAAUUAGUGCCACCACCAAAAUAG